GCAGCCAACUUCACUUAAGAGUAAAAUGUGCGCACAGCUAACUUCACGGUAUACAAAAAUAAUAAACAACGAAUGGUACACAAUGGUUGAUAGCGACGAAAUGGCUUGCGUCUUAGACGAGCAGCUAUUGUUAAACACAAAAAGCAGUGGCAAUAAGCGCAAUAAUCACCAGCGAAUGGAUGAGGAGAAUUUAGAAAUGGAUCUUAAGACUCCAGUCGAAGGGCACGCAGAUCCGCUGCAGGAAACAUCUUCGUUGUCAUCUAACUUUUUGUGGCUUUUUAAUGAUGAAGACAUUUUGCUAGAUGCACAGCUCUCUGAGGAGGUACUGAUACCUGGCAAAGGUCGUGGUAAACGUGGGCGGCCUUCAAACAGCGGCGUCAGUUUUUAUUCUUGCAGUGGUCACAUCUGGAACGUGGAUCGUGAUGUGACUCCUGUACAGGAGGAACUGAUGGUUCCUAGGCAGCAAGCUUGCGGUAAAGGGCCGGCAAGAUCCGUUUCCAAUGCUGUGGAGUCUUGGAUGCUAUUAUUUGAUGAUGAAAUGUUGCGCAUGCUGCUUCGCCUGGUUAACGAGCGGAUACGUAAGCGACGAACCAGUAAUGCUGCAGAGCGGUCCGUAGAUCUCACAGAGCUGCGCUCUUGGCUGGGCUUAAGUUAUUUGUGUGGCGUUUUUCGUAAUGCGCAGUACAAUGGACCGCUGGAGGAGCUCUGGACGCUAGAGCUAGGAAAUGCCAUCUUUCGUGCUGCAAUGUCGCUCACACGCUUCGAGUUUAUUGCAAAUUGCCUUAGCUAUCAGAGUGAUAGCAGCUGGAACGAUGCACAGCGCCUGUGGCAAAAACUACUUAUAAACUGUCGCUCUUAUUAUGGACCCAGUGGUUGGCUUUGUGUGGAUGAGCAGCAGUCUCUUGAUAAUGUGCUCUUGGCACUCUGCUGUGAUGCCAAGACUCUCUAUAUGACCAAUGCGUUACUUACAAAGCCAGAGUUGAAGCCCAAUAAGGAACUGAUGCAGCUCAUUUGCGAUUACAAAACCACAGGUCGUAAUGUAACGCUAUGCUCGGACUUUGUCAGCGUGAACCAUUGCGAACAACUGCUGCAAUGCAAUUUAAGUAGUAUUUGCACAUUGCCCUCCACUUCGUUGGACUAUCCUAAAGCUUGGUCAGGUGGAACCCUUAAAAUCGGCUCUAAGAAACUAUCCCAGCAAUCUGGCGUCGCAUUGCUCAGCUGUGGUUUGAACAGUCAAUUAAAUGCCUUGCAAACGCAACUACACACUUUCCAAACCUGCAACCAAUUUUUAGAAUUGUCCAACAGAUAUAGUACAGCUCUGUCUCUGCCUGCAAGUCUGGCGGGAGCUAAGCCUGGCUUAUUCCUGCAGUUGCUGCAUUUGAUGCUCAAUGUGGCAGCUGUUAACGCAUGGAUAUUACUCCGACUAUCGCCAACCGGCGAUGCCAAUAUGGAGCAACGCGACUGCCAGCGCCAACUGGGACUCUUUUUAACUCAGCAACGCUUACAACGUCGCCUGCAUCGUCGGUCUACGAAUACAUCGCUUGUUAUGCGUUUGCAAAUUUGUGAGAUUUUGGGUCAAUCUAGCCAGCGGCUGUUAAGUGAAGCAUCGAACGAUGCAAAGCACUCAAAUGGAAUAGGCGUUAUUAGUGUGGCUAAUGCCAUGCUACCCGAAGGUGUCACUUUGGUUAGUCGUUAUGGAGAUAGGUAUCGCCGUUGCAAACCCUGCGCUCGCAACAAGCGUGAAAUUAAAGCGCGUUCUCGUUGCCAACAGUGUCAGGUGCAUCGAUGUGGCAAUCAUCUAAUCUCACGCUGUUAUGAAUGUAUGGGACUUGAAACGUCGCAGUUACCUGGUGGGAACAUCAAGGACAUUUAAAACUGUCGACAUGAGAUACCCUUUGAAUAAUAAUAAAAUAGUUAAGCAAAAAUAGUCUAAAAAAAUUGCAAAGAAUUUGGUUCAAAUUUAGUCAAAGGCUUAAUAGUACGUAUUGGCCUUAAGUAAAUAUAAAUUUGGCAGCUUGUUAAAGUGAUAUUGAAUAAUUUUUUUUUGCCAAUUGUCCAUUAUAUUCGUGAGCAAAACUAAAAGUGUUAAAGGUA